AUGUCUAGCUUCCUCAACAAAUUCACCGGCUCUUCCAACGAAGCCGGGAACAGCACAGAAGGAAACAACAACACCGGCACCCAAGAGCAAAGCGGCGGCGGCUUCAUGGACAAGGUCAACAACAUGGCCGGCGGAGGAGCCCAAGGCGAGAAGAACGAGGACAUGCUCGACAAGGCUGUUGACUUUGUGCAAGAAAAGGUUCUUGGCCAGGGUGAUCAGAGCAACGAGACGGCCGCCGAACAGGCCAAGGACGAGGCCAUCUCGGACUUUAUCCGCGGCAAGUACAAGGACACAACGGGAAGCGAAUUUCCCAUCAAAGACAAGGAUAGGGAAUAUGGACUCUAG